AUGUGGUUGGUGACGGGCGCCAGUCAGGGACUUGGCCUUGCAAUAACUCUGUCAGCCCUCCGGGCGGGCCAUAAAGUCAUUGCGGGUGCUCGAAAACCAGAAGUGGCAGCCAAAGCCCAUCCAGAGGUUGAAGCCGAAGGUGGUCACUGGCUGCAGCUCGACGUCGACUCGAAGAACACAACAGAAGUCAUUAGAAAGGCAGUAGAGGAUGUUGGUGGAGUUGACGUCGUCGUCAAUAACGCAGGAUGGUAUUUGAAUGGUACAAUCGAAGACCUUACAGAAGAUGAGAUGCAAGCAUCAAUGGACACGAACUUCUGGGGUCCAAUUCGGGUCAUCAAAGGCGUCCUCCCUUCGAUGAGAGCCCGCAAGUCGGGAACAAUUGUGGCGAUAUCCUCGAUUCACGCGAUUUAUCCCAUCGUGUCAGGGGCACUUUAUUGUUGCCCGAAGGCAGCACAUGAUAUGCUUCAGGCGGUGUUGGGCCACGAAUUAGCCUCGUUCAACAUACGUACCAUCACGAUAAAUGCAGGCCUUUAUAAGACGGACGUUCUCGCAAACUCGAAGCAAGCCUCGAAUGGCUUUUCGGAUGCGUACUUGAGCUCAUCAGUUGGUCAGCUUCUUGGCAACCCAAAGAAAUUUGGCGAUCGCCUUGUGGAAAUAGUGGAUGGCACUGGUCGAGCUCAAGGGCUCAAGAGGAAUCAAUCAAGGUUCCUCUUCGGUAGAGAUGCCAUCAAGCUGUCCGAUAUUGCUGUGAAGGACAUGCUGGACGACUUUCAGGCUAGUAAGGACAUCGCAACCAGCACCGAUUUUGAAGGCCACAUCGGGGACGGUGCCGCCAUUGUAGGAGAUAUCCAGCGUAGGACAUAG